CUCCCUGCUCUGCCCCGCUUCCCACCCCGGACCCUACAACGCCUACCUCCUCCUCCUACCGCCCAGACUCCCGCACACUACAUAUAAAUCCACCCACCCCCGGCGAAUGGUGAAAAACGUGUGAAUAUGACGGGCAUCGCCGCCGCUUCUUUCUUCUCCAAUUCCUGCAGGUUCGGGGGUUGCGGUCUCCAGUUCGAGUCCCUGGCCGAGCUCAUCGUGCACAUCGAGGACAAUCACAUCGACACAGAUCCACGGGUUCUGGAGAAGCAGGAGCAACAGCAGCCCACAUAUUUGGCCCUGAGCUACAUCAACAGGUUCAUGACAGAUGCAGCACGCCGGGAGCAAGAGACCAUGAAGAAGAAGGCCACACCCAAGCUGUCCCUGUCCAUCACAGGGGGUGUGUCCAGGAACAGCACGGCCACGCCUCCUCGCCACACCAGUGGUAACCUGACACCUCCGGUUACGCCUCCUAUCACCCCGUCUUCCUCGUUCCGCAGCAGUACACCCACAGGCAGCGAGUAUGACGAGGAGGAGGUAGACUAUGAGGAGUCAGACAGCGAUGAGUCGUGGACCACAGAGAGUGCCAUCAGCUCUGAGUCCAUCCUUAGCUCCAUGUGCAUGAACGGGGGAGAGGAGAAGCCAUUCGCCUGCCCAGUCCCGGGCUGCAAGAAGAGAUAUAAGAAUGUGAACGGUAUAAAAUACCACGCCAAGAACGGCCACCGGACCCAGAUCCGCGUGAGGAAGCCCUUCAAGUGUCGCUGCGGCAAGAGCUACAAGACCUCCCAGGGCCUGAGGCACCACACUAUCAACUUCCACCCGCCCGUCUCCACUGAGAUCCUGCGCAAAAUUCAGGGCUAGCCCCACAACCCCCACCCCAUCCCAUCACCCCCCCCAUUGGUUGUGCCAACCCACACCAACUGCCCUUCAAACACAGCCCUACCCUGACAUUCCCUACCUACCCCCUUUUACACACUAAAGGAUCAAGUGCAUGCUUUAAUUUUUUUUUUUUGUUCCAUUUGGUUCCUUUUGUGGCUUAUGUUACGUUAUCGUUUUUGUGUUCUCGCCAUGUUGUAUCAUGCGUAUUUUUGAACGACUUACCUUCGCAGCCGUUUUUUUCAAUGUUUGUACAUUUGCACAUUCACAUAUGCUAUCACGCCUUUUUUAUAUUGUUUUACUUACAGAAGGUGCUAACUGUAAAAAAAAAACAGAAAGAAAAGACAAAAAACAAAUAACAUGAAAGAGGAGAAGAGAAAUGUUUAAAAAAAAAAAGGUGACGUGAAACAGGAAGUGCAAGCAAGCCCCACCCCUUUCCUCCAGCUCGUCUGUAAGAGUUGGGUGAAGCUGACCUGCCGGUCCAGGCCCAGUAUUGAUCACAAUUUGCAGCUGCUAAAGCUGAGAUGUGCCAAGUCCAUUUGAGCCUGGACCUGUAUGUGUUCAGAUACUUCAAGAGGGGAAUGUCAUUGGGCCGAGCCCUCAAGA